AGCAGGGGAAUGGGCUGAGCUUCAGUUACCCACUGUACUGUAUCUGACACAGACAUGCACUGUCAACGUUAGCUGCGGUGUAUUCGUUUACGUGGACCAGGCAGUGUAGACGUAGUGUUUGUUUCUAACGUCGCAGCAUCUUAAUACAUUCGAACAAAUGAUGCGCUUCAUGCUGCUUUUCAGCCGACAGGGGAAGCUGCGGCUGCAGAAGUGGUACACAGCCACAGCUGAGCGCGACAAGAAGAAGAUGGUCAGGGAGCUGAUGCAGAUAGUGCUUGCCCGCAAACCAAAGAUGUGCAGCUUCCUAGAAUGGAGGGACCUCAAGAUUGUCUAUAAAAGGUAUGCCAGCCUGUAUUUCUGUUGUGCGAUUGAAGAGCAGGACAAUGAGCUCAUCACACUGGAAGUCAUCCACCGCUUCGUAGAGCUGCUGGAUAAGUACUUUGGCAGCGUGUGUGAGCUGGACAUCAUCUUCAACUUUGAGAAGGCCUACUUCAUUCUAGAUGAGUUCCUGAUGGGAGGAGAGAUACAGGACACAUCUAAGAAGAGCGUUCUCAAAGCCAUUGAACAAGCUGACCUACUGCAGGAGGAGGACGAGUCACCCAGGAGCGUGCUGGAGGAGAUGGGCUUGGCGUAGUACACAGCAAGGUUGUGAAAGACUAUAGAUACUAAGGCAGAGGGCUGGAUGAGAGGGGGCGGGGCACAAUCUGGGAUUGGACAUUCUUGGACUGACAGCAUUGGUUCUGUGUAUCUGUGGCUCUUGGGACUGAUGUGCAGUGUGUAACUGGGGAAGCAACUCAGUUAAGAAUGGAAGAUCCUUGCAUUGACAGGCCCUUUAGCUCUGUGUGUGUGUGUGUGUGUGUGUGUGUGUGUGUGUGUGUGUGUGUGUGUGUGUGUGUGAUCUGAGAGUGGGGUAGAAGAUAUGGAAUACAUUUAAACGUGUGUGGCAGCAGGGGCUUAUCAGAGAGUUAAAAUAAGAAUCCACAGUGGACGCUGACGUCACAGUGAGGCAGCUUGGCAGUUUGACUGAUGCUGUGAUGCAAAGAGAUGGUUGAACAGUCACACCUUGUCUUGAAGGUUUGUCAGGUACUGACAGGGGACUGAGACUAGGUCAGGGAUUUGGGUUUAUAGAUUGGGGGCAUCAUUCAAAUGAUAAGUCUGAUGUUAUUUUACAUUUUUUUGUAUUUUAGACAAUUCUCAUAAAAAAGACCAAAACCAACAACGUGUUCUCAGCGCUCAAUACUUUAAGUUUUUCACACUUUGCCUUGACACUCAUCUCCAAGCCCAUUGGUUCCUACUGAAGAUAUAAAUAUUUCAAAACAGCUUUGUUGGUUUUGAUCUGUACGUGAGAUUUGGUGAUAAUCAGAAAAAUAUAGAAUAUCACCAGUACUUCAAAGGUCUAGUCUGUAGGAUUUAGAGGCAUCUAGCGGUCUAGGUUGCAGAACUGAAACUUCUUCUAUGUGCCAAGUAUGUAGGAGAACUACAGUGGCCAAAACAAAAAUGCAAAAGGCCCUGUUUGGAGCCAGUGUUUGGUUUGUCCGUUCUGGGAUAACUGUUGAAACAACAUGGCGGACUCCACAGAAGAGGACCCGCUCUGUGUGUACGAACGAAAACACAAUGAUUCUUAGUUUCAGAUGAUUAUACUCUAAUAAAAACAGUUAUAUUUAUUAUAUAGCAUUUCUUCCAAUAGAUGUCCCUAAAUCCUCUACACUGGAUCUUUUUAAGUAAAAUUCUGUAUUUAUACAAUCCUGUUUCCUAUGGUUAUGUAAGUGAUAACAUGAAACAAGGAAAAUAACACACAAUGUGCUGGUGAAAAACACAGAAUUUUUCUUUGUCAGUUAUUUUCUUUCAUUUUUUUUGUAGUUUUAGUUGUGUAGUGUGAAGGGUCAUUUUGUUUAACUGCAACUUAGGUCUUAUUUUUAUAGAUUUAUCCAUCAUUCCUACCAGUUACAUUGUCAUAACCAAAAGGACUGAAGGCUGUAACUACCACAGAGGACAGCAGCGAGUUCUCAUCCCAACUUGUCAAAUACUGCCGCUUUGUCAGUGGACCUAAACGUCAAAAUAUGACAUGCUAGGUAGCCACCUGCAUCCGUUUUGGAUGGUAUAGGACGGCGUAAGACGUUGUUCGUUACGUACAGUCUUUUUCAAAAUAAACUUGGGCUGUACAUAAAACACCUCAUUUUUAGGUUUGUUUUCUUAAGGUUAUGCAACAAAAGCACCAGGUUAGGUUUAGAAAAAAACAUCAUCAUUUGGCUUGAAAUAAGCACAGUUGUUAUUAAUAUAACGUAUCAUCACCUGACAUGCAUCAUGUGACAUAAGUCACUACCAUAGCAUGCUACACAUACUACAGGGUUUCCAAGGUCAUGAAAUUCCUGAAAAAGUAAGGAAAUUACAAAAACCUUUCCAGGCCUCGAAAUUUUAUAUCUAUAGGAUCUUAUAUGGCUGUAUCACUAAUUAGGUCUACCUAAAUUAAACUACUUAAAUACAGUCAUGAAAAUGGAGUGAAAUACUAACUGUUCUGAUAUAGGCUUCACACAGGUAACAAACAGUGGGCUCCUGGGUAAAAGUCAGGAUUUUGUUUGACCCAUCUUCCACCACUCCUUAACAGACUUUUAUGUUCUGUAUAGUAUGGUAGAUGCCAGCGGCAUCGGAAAUAACAAAAGGUACCUUUGCGGAUAGGUGUCUGACACGAAUGUCCACUGACAAAGCGACACUAUUUGACAAGUUUGGUUAUUGCCCACUUUGUCAACAACUGCCACAACCUGGUGCAUAUCAUACGGCCGCAAAGGUGCCCCUGUGUGUCAGUAUCUGACGCCGAGAUCAUUGAGUGGCUUAUUUGACGAACUGGGAGUGAGAACGGGCUGAGGACAGAGGCUACGGUAAAGCAGAAUUGUUUUCUGGCUCCGCUCUCCAGAUGUUUGAAUACAACUUAAUCCUGAGGUGUUGUCAAAAACAUCUGUCAGUAUAUUAUUACAAUUAUUUGAACUACACUUGAUGUUUUAAACAGAUCUUUAAACUUUUCUCAUAAAGGUAGAGUAGUACUGUUCUGAAUUCAUUGCUAUAUCUGUGAUUGGCCCAUCUUACCUAACAUGCCGGGCCCAGGGUGGAUUGUGAAUAAUGAACCAAAGACAUUUGAGAUUUGUAUCACGGCCUAAAAUAACUUGUUUACAUAUGAGCCAUGCAUAUGUACCAUAAGUGGACUGAUGUACCAGACAAGAUGGAAAUGUCAAGUCUGUCUUAUGCAAUUUAUCAAAGUGCAACUGCGAAUCACAUCCCACUUAGUUUUCCUACAGACAGCAAGAAGCAACCACUGAGAUUGAAUGACAAGGAAAACUUUAGUGCUGAGUUGUUCUGUUGGGACUACUAACUGGUACUACAUGUUAGGACUGGGUUGAAAUUCCAAGGCAAUUAGAAUAAACUGAAUUUUAGACAAGUAUA